UCACUUAGCGGUUAUGUUGUGUUAAGUUAAUUAUUAUUAUUCUUCUUUUUGUGCAGUAUGAGUGAUAUUUAUCGUGUUCUUAGUGUUAUUUGUGCUUGUUUGGUGUUUCAUCUUGUUCGCUGUCGAAAUGUGACAUACGUAGGCCGGUUGACACCAGACUGCGUGUCCAGCUACCAUAGGAUCAUACUCUCAAGACGAGUGCCUCCGCGAACCUACCUCUAUUUCCACGAGGCCAUGACACAGGACCAGAUGAACAGAGAUGGAGAAGAGCCGAAAGAAGAGGAUACGGAUGGGCAAGUUGAUCUCCAAUGGAGGAUAGUGGGAGGCAAACAGGUCUCCAUAAAAGUGGUUCCCUAUCAAGUUCUCUACGGCAUGUACUGCGGAGGCACUCUCAUCGCUCCGGACUGGGUCAUCACUGCUGCGCAUUGUAAGGACAAAGAAAAAUUCAUCUUAGCUGGAUCUACACAGCGGAGUCAAGCCACCAAGUACAUGAUCUGUGCUCACUUCAUGCAUCCCCUAUGGAACACCACGCACCUUCACACACACGAUUAUGAUUACCAGCUGGUCCUGCUGGAGCAGUCAGUACCGGUGACUCCCAACUCCCGGCCCAUAGCUAUAGGGAACGUGGAUGAUGUUAGAGAAGGAGAGAUGAUCACAGUCAGUGGUUGGGGACAUACUAAGUACAAGCAACGUGUGAUGCAAGACAUAGUGCGUCGAGUCCGUGUGCCGGUGAUGGCGCAUGAGAUCUGCAGGUCUCUCCCCCUCAUGAACUACAAAACCAUCACUCCGAGGAUGUUCUGUGGUGGAUACCUGAAUGGAAGCAAGGAUUCUUGUCAGGGUGAUUCCGGAGGACCAGCGAUUCUCCACGGCAAGCUAGUAGGGCUGGUGUCGUUCGGAGUAGGAUGUGCGAUGAAGGACCAGCCAGGAGUGUACAGCAACAUACCACUGGUGCGCAACUGGAUACGGCAGGUCACUGGCCUGCCACUCUGAGCCAUACGCUCUGAGUACUUAGUGCAGGUUUGUUUUACAUUAAUGUGAUCGACAAGUUUAUGACGUUCAGCGUUCUGAUUGGCUGCUCCACGUCACCUAACCAAUCAAACGGCUUAACGAGGUAACAUUUCGAUCGCGUUGACGUAAAACAAAUUCACACUAGCUACUCUGGUCGUUUUCUUCUGGUCUUGUUUUCUUUGCAAAUAUAUUUUGUUAGGU